AUGACUGUUAAGAAUGAAGAAAUUCAGCAACAGCAACGUGUGCCACUUUAUUCUGUAUCGGCAGAUUUCCUUGAAAAAACUAAAAAGAAUGAAAAAAUUCCUUCAUCUUUUUUAAAAAUCGUAUGUCAUCGCCUUCAUGAACAUUCUGGAAUUUGGUAUACGGUAGUAGCAAAUUUCAUUUUUUCUUGUUGUACAUUUAGUCUCAAAUUAAUACCAGCUGAUAUGUUUGAUAUAAUGAUUGCUCGAUUUAUAACUCAAUCUAUUGUUUUUGGUAUUUAUGCGGCUUUCUAUAAACAUUAUAAUGUAUUUCAUACAAAUGGACAACCGCUGGCAUGUAUGCUAAACAUAUUCAUGUCAAGUGGGACAAAUUUAUCUUAUUUAGCUGCAUUGUAUUUUAUUCCAUUAUCUGAUAUAAAUACCAUAAAAUAUACGUAUAUUGUUUGGGCAGCAGUACUGUCUGUCAUAUUUCUCAAGGAUCGAUUCAAAUUCAUUAAUGGUAUGUCAUUAUGCCUAACGAUGAUCGGACUCAUAUUAGCAACUAGACCUCAUUUCUUUCUUGAAACAUUAACUCAUAUAUUUGAUUGGACAUCAUCAUCAUCAUCAUCAUCGUCAGUGGUACCGAUGAAUACGACGACGAUGACGACAACCAUAAUUAAUGUUACUACUGUGACUUCUUCAACGUAUUAUUAUUUAGGUAUUGGUCUAGCGUCUAUAUCAGCUUUGACAAAAGCAAUUCAAAUGAUUGCUCGAAAACAAUUAGUCAAAACAAAACAACCACAUUCUGUCAUGAAUUUUCAGUUUACUUUUAGUGCUAUUUUUGUUUCAUUGAUCUAUAGUAUUAUUCGUCGAUUUUGGCAGCCAGAGCCAUAUCCAUGGAAAUGGAUGAGUACAGCUGGUGUUAUCAUUGGUUGUUUUCAAUUACUAACAAAUGCAUUUGUGGCAAAAGCAUUAAAACGAGAAAGUGUUCAAUUAAUAUCCAUUAUUGGUUCACUUGAUAUCGUUUAUGCUGUUCUAUUACAAUUUAUAUUUUUUCAUCAAACAAAAUCGUUGAUAUUUUAUAUUGGAGCAUCACUUGUUGUUCUAUCUGCGAUUAUACUUUCAAUUGAUCGUCAUAUGGCUAUCAGAAGUGAAAGAAAAAACGAAAAAAUCAAUGAUAAAGAGGCCGCGAUUGAUCCUAAUUUAUGA